GUGCAGUACCCUCCUCUCGAAAGAAUUGCAUCCAUGUUUUGGAUUCUUGGUGAAAUUCUGGCAUUCGAAAUUGAAAUUUCUGAUCUCGCAUUUUUAUCUCGUUUUCUUACCUUUUGAAUUCAUUGUUUACGCUUUUAUCAAUCUAUGACAACAAUUCUUGAGUGUUUUAUCAAGCAGCAAACAUUUGUUAUACAAGUUUCAAAAUUAUUUUCAUGUUUCACGAGAGAAACUCAAAGAUUUUAUAUUGAGGUGAGUUUCAUCGAAAAUUAUAUGUUCUGAGAAUCAAGUAGCUGGGAAAAUACUCGAUCAACUUUGAUAUAAGUUUUUAUUGCAGCUUACAUGCCGAAAUUAUUCGAAAAAGAAAUCAUUGAUUUUUCUCACAUUUAAUCAUAUCAGUAGCUUAAAAAAACAAGAAAACCACAAUUUUUUUUUUUGAAAUGAUAACAAUGAUAAUUGUCAACUGAAUAAACCAAUAGUAUCAUCGACAAUCAACGGCAACCAUCAAUCAUGUUCAUGUUCAUUCUUUUUUUCGUUCAUCGUUAUCAUCAAUUGAAUAUGAUUGUUCUUCGACCAAAUAAUGAUAACAAAAUAAUAUCCUCAUCAUCAUCAUGGAAAUGAUCAAAACAAUACAUAUCAACAACGAAUAGAAAUUAAUCUCAAUCAUUUGAAACCAAUCUCUUCACAAUAAAUUCUUUCUUUAAACAGAAAAAUAAGCACAAGAAAAUGUUUUUCACCAAAAAUCAAUUGCUUUCAUCAAUAAUAUUUGCAUUACAAAUAAUCUCUAAUUUAAGUCUGGUCUGUAGUGAUGAAUAUGUAGUUCAUCAUGAUCGAAUGGAAAAUGGCGAUAUCGAGCAUUUAAUACAUCGUACUUCCUUAUCUAUUAUAGAAGAUAAUGAUGAUAAUAAUGAAUAUUCUGAUGAACAUCAAUGUUCUGAUGGCCAGUUUCAAUGUAAAUACUCUCGUGAAUGUAUUCCAAUGGGAUGGCUAUGUGAUGGUGAAGAUGAUUGUGGCCUUAUUCCACAUGAAAAUAAUAGCCAAUCCAAUGGUAUUCAAUUGAUGGAUACAAGUGAUGAAGACCAUUAUCAUUGUCAUCGAAGCAAUCAAUGUGCACGAAAUUACUUCCGUUGUUCUAAUCUAAUCACUUGUAUAAAAUUAGAGCAUGUAUGCAACUUAAUUUCCGACUGUCCAGAUGGUUCGGAUGAAGCCAAGUUUUGUGAAGAUAAUAAAACUUUAUGUCAUUCAUUGAAAUGUGAUCAUGGUUGUCGACCAUUGCCAAAAGGAGCCGAAUGCUUUUGUCCGGAUGGUUUUGAAUUCAAUGAAACCAAUUGCGUACCAAUUAAUCGAUGUAUUCACGAUGAACAAUGCGAUCAAUUGUGUUUGGAUGAGAAGGAUACUUUUAAUUGCAAAUGUAUUGAAGGCUAUUCACUGGUCAAUAACACUAAAUGUAUUGCUAUCAAUGAUCCUGAAUCUUUACCAUUGUUGGUGGCUAUUAAUUUUGAGAAUGAAAUUCAAAUACUAAAUCCCAAACAAUCGUCUGUCGAAUCGAAAAUUUCUCUUGAACAACAAAAUCAGUCCAUAAUUUCAACUUUCGAUUAUGAUUUUGAUGCUCAUUCAAUCUGUUAUGUACGAAAACAUAAUUACGAUGAAAUUCAACUCUUUCGAUUAGAUUUAUCACAAACGGUUCAUCAUGAUCAAACCCUAAGUCAAAUUGUUUGCAAUGAUUGGAAUGAUGCAAAACUUUCAAUAAAAUCAUUCAAAAUUGAAUCACCAUUUUAUUCUUUAAUGUUCGUUCGACAAAUGAUCCAUGAAUGGAUCGGACAUAAUUGGUAUAUGUUGGAUUCGAUCAAUGAAUUAAUUUUUGUUUGUGAUUUUCAAUUCAAAUAUUGCAUUAAUAUAAUUGAACAUGGUCUUAAUAAGCCAAAAAUGUUAGCAUUAGAUCCGACCAAUGCUCCUGGCCAUCUUUUCACCGUUGAAUGGGGACCAAAUGCUCUACUGAAACGUUUCGAUUUAGACGGAACUAAUAUGAAGAUUUUAGUUCAACAACGUAUUGUUUAUCCAAGUUUAAUAUCGUUGGAUCAAACAAAUAACCAUAUUUACUGGUUUGAUUCAUAUUUGGAAACAUUAGAACGUAUUUCGUAUGAUGGUGAUAAUCGAAAAAUUUUACUCAAAAGUGAUUUGACAAAUCGAAUUAUCGACUUUGAUAUUUUUGAAAAGAAAUUGUAUUUUUUAAUAACCAAAAAUGAAACGAAUUUUCCCGAAGAACUGCUAUCAUCUCUCGUAAUUGUUGAUGUAUUUAAUUUUAAUCAACAUGAAAUGAAUGUUGUCAUGAAUUUUUCUUCAAAAUCUGCUAAAGAAUUACGAAUCAUUCAUCGGCAACAUCAUCCAAUUAUCACAAAGACUUUGCAUCCUUGCUCCGUUAGAAAUGGUGGCUGUGACCACAUUUGUCUAGUGAAAUAUGAAAAAAAUUUAAUCCCUAUGGCAAAAUGUCAAUGCUCAAGUGGAUAUCGUUUAGAUUUAUCCUCAAACAAAUGUUUGUACGAUCGUUCUCGAUUAAAGCUGUUAUAUGUUCGUGCUAGCCCAGGUUCAAUCAAAGUAAUUUCGUUACCGGAUACAUGGACGCCAGAUAUUGGUGAGAAUUUAACUAGCCAACCAAUAACUAUUUCAACGAUGCCAUCUACAAGACCAGUCGCUGUUGAAUAUGACGUUGAAACCGAGACUGUUUUCUAUUCAAAUAUUCAACGUUAUGUAAUCAAUAGUUUUGUAGUCAAUUUGUCCAAUACUGAAAAAGAUCAUCAACGUCAAGUAUCAAUAUUUUUAGACAAAGGUAUUAUUCGAUGUGAAGGAUUGGCCGUUGAUUGGAUCGGAAGAAAUCUAUAUUGGACUGAUAGCGCAAUGUUAACAAUUUGUGUAGUCAAUCUAGACAAUAGUACACUAAGACGAACAUUGAUAUCCAAUGAUUUGAAUCAUCCUAAGUCAUUGGUACUCGAUCAUAAUCAUGGAUGGAUGUUUUGGACAGAUUGGUCAUUUAAUUCGAAUAAUUCUGGAAGAAUUGAACGCUCAUUAAUGAAUGGAGAACAAAGAUCAAUUAUUGUAAAUAAAGAUCUUACCUAUCCAAAUGGUUUGGCUAUUGAUCAAAAACACAUUUAUUGGUGUGAUUCAUACUUUAAACGUCUGGAACGUGCCGAUCUGGAUGGGGGAAAUCGCAAACUUAUUUAUGCAGGACCUGAUCUUGGAUCACCAUACAGUGUUGCUUAUUUUCGUAAUCAUCUAUUCUGGACUGAUUAUCGUCAAGGGACAAUUAAAAGUUUUCAUCUUUUAGAUCCUAACAAGGUCAAGAUUGUUUUCAAAGAUAAUCCUCCACUUUAUGAUAUAAAAUUUAUCGAUUUCGGACAACGAUCUAAGAAUAAUACUUGUCUCAUUGCAAAAUGUGAACAUCUUUGUUUGUUGGGAAUCGGUCAACAACCUCAAUGUUAUUGCUCUGACGGUUUUCAAUUAUCAUCUUUAGAUUCUCGAAGUUGUAUUGUGUUGAAAAAUUACACCAAACCUUCUUUAUGCAAAAAAGGAGAAUUUGAAUGCCGAAACGUAUCACAAUGUAUUGAUAAUCGUCAUGUUUGUGAUGGUGAUAUCGAUUGUAUUGAUGGUUCUGAUGAAGAUACAAGCGUUGGAAGUAUUUGUGAAAAACUGCAUUGUCACGAAAACUAUCUCCGUUGUGACAAAAAUCGUUGCGUGAUGCCACAUUGGGUUUGUGAUGGUCAAAAGGAUUGUAUGGAUGGAACGGAUGAAAUGCAAUUUGAAAAUUGUACCAAAGUAAUCUGUGGACCAAUGUUUUUUAAAUGCAAGAUUACCGGCAGAUGUAUUCCACGUAAUUGGGUGUGUGAUUCGGAUUUUGAUUGCGGACCUGAUGAUCAUUCCGAUGAACAAGACAAUUGUAGCUAUAAGAAAUGUGAUGCAUCUACUGAAUUUCAAUGCAAAAAUGGUCGUUGCAUAUCUUAUGAAUUUAUGUGUAAUGGCGACGAUGAUUGUAAGGAUGGUUCUGAUGAAUUAGAUUGUAAACAGCAAAAUAAAUGCUCGGAACGAAAUGCCAAUCAAACUCAUUUUCAUUGCGAUUCAAAUUCCAAAUGUUUACCACUGUUUUUACGAUGCAACGGUAUAAUUGAUUGUAUCGACAGUAGUGAUGAAAAAAAUUGUUCACAGAUGAUCUCACUAAAUUAUACUAAAUUGACGAAACAUUCACAUCUUCGAUGUAAUCAUCAAAAAGAAUUUCAAUGUGAAACUACUGGAAUUUGUAUUUCACUGGAAUCGCGUUGUGAUGGUUCACCAGAUUGCGCAGAUUAUUCUGAUGAAUUUAAUUGUACAAAAUUGAAUUGUCGAUCUGGAGAAAUUCAAUGUUUACCAUUGAUGCAAUGUUUUAAUCAUCUUGUCAGAUGUGAUGGUGUGCAAGAUUGUCCCGAUGGUUCAGAUGAAUAUGAUUGUAAAGAAAACAUAUCAAUUCUAUCACAAUCAUGUCGUCAUCCUAACCACACCUGUAUUGAUCGCUCCAAUAAUCGUACAAUUUGUUUGGAUAUUUCUAAAUUUUGUGACAAUCAUCCUGAUUGCCUUGAUGGAUCAGAUGAAGGCGACUUAUGCUCCGAUGACGUCUGUUUUAUCUCUGAUCCUAUUUGCAAAGGGCAUUGUAAAAAUGUUCCUUAUGAUCCUGGAUAUAUAUGCUAUUGUCCGCCCGAUCUAUCAUUGGCUGUCGAUGGUGUCAGCUGUACCGAUGCUCAUCCAUGUCAACAAUGGGCUGUAUGUUCACAAUUAUGUCUACCAACAUCAAAUUCUUCUGCGCCAACUAUUCAACAAUAUAAAUGUGAAUGUAUUGAUGGUUAUUAUCUCGAUCCUAAAGAUAAUUUCACUUGUAAAAGUACAUUGCAGUCAUCGCCUAUUCUUUUGUUCUCCAAUCGUAAUCAAAUUCGUUCUAUUAAUUUGCAAACAAAUUCAGCCAAUCUCCUGCUUUCUGGCUUGAAAAAUUCAAUAGCUUUGGAUUAUCUAUAUGAUACUGAUCAAAUAUUUAUAUUCUGGUCCGAUGUGAUUGAUGAUCGUUUAUAUCGUGGUGAAUUAGUACAAUCAACAAUUACCAACAUUGAAGCGAUCGUUGAAGGAAGUUUAAGUUUUGCCGAAGGUGUGGCUGUCGAUUGGUUGGCUCAUAACUUGUACUGGGUGGAUUCAAAUUUCCAUCAAAUCGAGGUCGCGCAUAUCGAUGGUUCUUUUCGCAAAACUCUUCUCACCGAACAUCUUUCUAAUCCGCGAGCUAUUGCCUUAGAUCCGAAUCGUUUUAUUAUGUUCUGGACGGAUUGGGAUUCAAGUUUACCUAGAAUAGAAUCAGCUUCUAUGGAUGGUACAGCACAACAUAUCGUGAUUCAAGUCGAACCAGGAUCAUGGCCCAACGGGAUAACAUUGGAUUUUGUUUUGCAACGAAUCUAUUGGAUUGAUGCUAAAACUGAUACGUUAAGUACAGUACGUUAUGACGGCAAAGAUUUUCGAAACAUUCUAGUUGGAAAUGAUUUUCUCACUCAUCCAUUUGCAAUGUCACUGUAUGAAAAUUAUGCCUAUUGGAGUGAUUGGCGUACAAAUUCAUUGGUACGAGCCAACAAAUGGAACGGAACCAAAGUCGAGGUCAUUGCUCGAACAUUUUCACAGCCAUUUGAUGUUAAAAUUCUUCAUCCUAGCCGCCAGUUCAAUUCGAUCAACUAUACUCGAUGCAUGGUUGAUAAUGGUGGAUGUUCGCAUCUCUGUCUAUUAUCAAGUACGGCACGCGAUAAUUUCGCAUGUGAUUGUCCCCUUGCCAUGCGUUUGGGACCAGAUUCACGAAACUGUAUCUUCAAUGAUGCUUUUCUCAUGCUGUCAAAACAGAACGAUGUACGAGGCAUUGAUUUGAUUCGACCAAAUUAUUUUAUUCUUUCACCUAUUUCUCUUCCCAAAGUUGUUCAUCCAAUCCAGUUGGAUUAUGUGGCACGAACCAAACAUAUUUAUUGGGCGGAUUUAUUGUCGAAUGAAAUUAAGCGUUAUUCCUUAUUGAAUGGAACCAUUGAAAAUGUAAUCGACACUGUCAUUCAGCAUCCUCAAACUUUUGGAAUUGAUUGGAUAGCGGGAAACAUAUUUAUUAUAUCUAAACCUGAUCGAGAUUCAUUCAAUUCACCAUUAAUGUUUUCCGGUGCAGCUGAUGAUUAUAAUGAUGAAUAUGAAAUUAUCUAUGAAGAUGAUAAUGAAGAUACAUCUAAUCGAGCAAGGCGAGAUUUUAACAAUCGUCGAAAUAAACAUAUUAUCUCAAAACUUUUUGCCUGUAAUCUUGAUGGCGAAUUCAUCACCGAAAUUAUACCGGAAAAGUAUUUUGAAAAUCCCCAAUCAUUAGCAAUUGAUCCAUUGAAUGCAUGGAUUUAUUGGUCAGAUUAUUCGCUGGAAGAAAUUAUCGGACCAAAUGAAACGAAAAAAUUUAUCCAUAGAACUAAAUUGGUUCGUUCACGUAUGGACGGAACACAAUUAUUAAUAUUGGCAGAUAGUAAAAAUCAACAUUCAUCAUUAUUGAAUCAAACGACUAGUCUAAUUUUAGAUCUCUACCUCAAUUGUUCGCGAUUAUAUUGGGUAAAUUUAGGAUCCCGAUCUAUACAAUUUAUGGAAUUGAACACACAAGAAAUUAAAACUAUUUUCAUGGCCGAAUUUGAUGAUAACCCAUUCCCGACAUCAGUGACAAUUUUCGGUUCUAAAUUAUUUGCAUUUUUUCAUCAUGAUGGAAAUAUACAAACAAUGGACAAAAACCUCGGUAGCGAUCAACAGAUGUUCUUAAACGAUACUGAAGAUUUAUUUAGCAUUCGAAUUUAUGAUGCUGAAGCACAGAAUCGUAUGGGUCCCAAUUUAUGUUCAAAAUCCCGUGGUGGAUGUUCACAUCUUUGCGUAAUGAUUGCAAAGGAAAAACGAAAAUGUCUUUGCACUAUCGGUUUUCGAGUAAAUCCUUCGGAUGAAACCAAGUGUAUCGGUGAGCAAGUAUUCUUAAUGUAUUCAUGGAAUUGGGGUAUAAGAGGGAUACCGAUCACUCCUAUAAAUGACACUGAACCAUUGAAUCAACAGUAUGAAAAAAAGAAAAAUUCUAGCAAAGAAUUUUCUUUAUUACCUCCAAUAUCGUCCGUCAUGUUGGCAUCUUCGAUCGAUUUUGAUUCAGCCAAUGAAAUGCUUUUUUGGGCAGAUUCGGAUGAAGGAUCAAUUUCACGACUUGCUCGUGAUACAUCAUCAUAUCAUCGUUUAAUAAACAAUCUUGACAAGCUAAUCGAUUUUGCUCUCGAUUGGAAUGCAUACAAUCUCUAUUGGAUUGAAGAACAAUAUGGAUUAAUUGAAGUGAUUAAAGUGAAUGGAAGUCAAAGCCGAUUGGUUAUCAUUUCACAAGAUAUAAUCAAACCAACAUCGUUGGCCGUUCAUCCAGGUCUUGGUCUUCUUCUAUGGUCAGACGUAGGCCAUAAGGAUUCUGUACGAAUUGAACGAUCCCUCUUAGACGGUUCAAAUCGUAAAACAUUGUAUUCACAUGAUAAAAAUCAUUCGAUCAAUGAUUUAGCUGUAGACAUAAUAGCUAAUCAAUUAUAUUUUGCUGAUUUAUCCGAUCAAACUAUUGUGCAAUUAUCAUUGGCAGAACCGACAGCCGGAAACAUACCUAAAGCCAACAUUGUGUUGAGUAAUAUUCGUAGCCCGAUUUCGAUUGCUGUUUAUGAUCGGUUCUUAUAUUUGGCUGAUACAAAUUUCUAUGGUGGUUCAAUUCUUGCUAUUCGCACUGAUAAAUUUAUUAAUGGUGCCAAUUUAACAAUGUCAAUCAAGCUUACUGGUGUCACUUUAUUGGACAUGAACAUUGGUGACAAUAUCAAAGACAUUAUGGUUUAUUAUCGUCGACCAAUAUAUCCACAAAAUACGUGUGCACGUGAAAAUGGUGGCUGUCAGGAUUUUUGUUUUUAUCUUGGCAAUGAUCGUGGCCAUCAUUGUUCAUGUUCAUAUGGAUAUGUUUCACCCAUCGAUAAUCGAUCCUGUUUAGAAUAUGAUACAUUCUUAAUUUAUUCACGUAUCAAUCAAAUUGAUUCAAUUCGCAUAACGCCAUCGAACGAACUAAAUUAUAAUUUAACUCAUCAUUCAUUUUCAUCUAAAUUUAUUGAUCAUCUGGAACCAAAUGUCGCCAACUCUCCCUAUCGUCCAAUUAUUCACGCCAAUAUCCGAAAUGUUAUCGGACUUACUUAUGACUAUGAACGACGAAGAAUUAUUUACACUGAUAUUCAACGAGGAACAGUUAGUUGGUGUUAUUUUAAUGGAUCUGAUCAUCAAAUUCUCCUAGAUAAACAAGGUCCAAUUGAAGGAAUUGUCUAUGAAUCAGUGUCGAAAUUUCUUUAUUGGACCUCGAAUUUUGAUUCUUCAGUUUCUAAACUAAAUUUAACUAUUGUUCCUGAAUCUGUCAAUAUUAAAUCGAAACAACCAGCUAUGAAUGGAAGUUUAGUGGUUAAAAUUAUCAAACUUACACCAGAAGAUCGAUUGAGAGGUAUCGCUAUUGAUCAUUGUCGUCAACUUGUUUAUUGGACUAAUUGGAAUGCUAAAAAUCCAAGUAUUCAACGUUCUCAUGUAACUGGUUUUGGUCAACAAUCAAUCAUCACAGAUGGCAUUCGUAUGCCCAAUUCGUUGGUUAUCGAUCAACAGGAAAAACAUUUCUACUGGGCAGAUGCACGUUUCAAUAAAAUUGAAAAAUGUGAUCUUGACGCCAUUCAAUGUGUCGUGUUACUUAGACAAACUGUUCAGCAUCCAUUUGGUUUAGCCAUUUAUAAAGAUCAUCUCUAUUGGACCGAUUGGGCAGCUCAUUCAGUAUUUCGAUGUGAAAAAUAUUCUGGUGCUGAUGUUGUCACCCUUAGACGAAACAUCAUACGACCGAUGGGUUUAGUUGUCAUUUCACCAGACCAUCAAGAUUCAUUAGAAAAUUACUGCAAUGUAUCUUCUCAACCAUACGAUCCAUGUCUUUUAUCAAAUGGUGGCUGUGAAGAUAUUUGUGUUGCAAAAAAUCUGACUACAAUUAAUAUGCCGGAAUGUUCUUGCUUUGAAGGCCGAAUUAUAAGCAGUGAUGGUCGACGUUGUCAUUCAAUAAAUUCUUCUUGUUCAUUAGAUCGUGGAGAAUUUGAAUGCAAAAAAAUGGGUCUAUGUAUACCGUUUGAAUUGACUUGUGAUGGUGUUGCCAAUUGUCCGCAAGAUCAUUCCGAUGAAGAUCCGUUAUAUUGUACGAAUAGGAUUUGUCCACAAAACUAUCAUCAAUGUCCAAAUAAUCGUUGUAUAUUGGCAUCAAAAAUUUGUGAUGGUACCAUUAACUGUCCGGAUGCUAGUGAUGAAAAACAUUGCGAUUGCCGACAGCAAGGAAAAUUUAAAUGCAACAAUGGUAUCUGUAUAUCAGAUGUCCUACGCUGUAAUUAUGCUCCUGAAUCUGAUGGUUCGGAUGAAUUUGAUUGUGUUAAACCAAACUGCACAAAGGAUGAUAAAACCAAUGAACCAAUGAUCAAUUGUCCACGUACGACCGCUUGUAUUUCACCAAAAUGGAUAUGUGAUGGUCAAAAUGAUUGUUGGGAUAAUUCCGAUGAAGCUAAUUGUUUUUCCAAUUUCAACAAAUCAAUUUCUCACUUAAUUCAACAACAACAACAACAACAUAAACAUCAACAACCAAGUGAAGCACCAGAAACGGCAAUAAUCAUGGAUUCAAAUUCUACCACAAAUCAUGAUGAUGAUGAUGAUUCUUGCUCUGAAGAUCAGAUGCGCUGUGGUAGUAAUGAAUGUAUUUCAAUCAUUUGGAGUUGCGAUGGAAACAAAGACUGUUUGGAUGGUUCAGAUGAAUUACCUGAAUUUUGUCGACAUAAUGUUUGUCCAGAGGAAAGAUAUUUUCGUUGUCAAACCACCGGAAAAUGUAUACCACGGCAAUGGAUAUGUGAUGGUGAACAAGAUUGUUUCGAUGGAUCGGAUGAGUUGAUGUAUCCAAAUAAAACUUUUUGUUCCUCAAAUGUUACUAAAGUGUCUAGUCAUGCCAAUGGAAUCAUACAUUUAAUCUGCAAUCACAACGAAUUUCAAUGUCAUAAUUUUCAAUGCAUCCACAGUAAAUUUCUUUGUGAUGGCCAAGAUGAUUGUGGUGAUGGAUCGGACGAGACUGCCGAAUUUUGUCAAAGACAAACACCAUCGAAACCAAAACUAUGUUCACCAAAUGAAUAUCGUUGCACGAUCAAACAUAAAUGUAUACCACGUUCAUGGAUUUGUAAUGGAAUUCAAGACUGUGCCGGUGGUGAUGAUGAAGCGGCCAAACUUUGUGCUAGAUCAUCCAAUAAUAAUUCCUCGACAUUAAACAUUGAUGGAUCAUCAUUGCGAUGUAAAGAUAGGCAGUUUACAUGUAAUAAUGGUGUAUGUAUUGAUUACGAUCGUAUUUGUAAUGGUGAUAAUGAUUGUGGGGAUUUUUCUGAUGAAAAUCAAUGCAACAUUAAUGAAUGUGAAAGUAAUCUUGUCUGUGCACAAAAAUGUGAAGAUAUGCCAAUUGGAUAUCGUUGUAGUUGUUUCGAUGGUUUCGAAUCUCAAGAUGGUGGUCGUGUUUGCCGUGAUAUAAAUGAAUGUGAACAAAAUGUUUGUUCACAAAUUUGUCGCAAUACAAUUGGUUCAUAUGUUUGUUAUUGUAUCGAUGGAUAUAUUUUAGAUUCUGAUGGUGUCACAUGUCGAAGUACAUCAUCAAAAGAAACACGUUUAUUGAUCAAUACCCAUGAUGGUAUUUAUCAAUUAAAACCUGUCGAUAAACAACGUCAACGUAAAGAUGUAAGCAUAUUGCUUGGUGGUCUUAACAAUGUCGUGGCUUUGGAUUUUGAUUGGAAAACCGAUUGUGUGUAUUGGUCAGAGAUUACGAUAGUAUCAGCCUACAUCAAAAAAUCAUGUCAAUUAAAAGCAUAUAAUCUGACGGAGGAUGGUCAAAAUUUUUCCAAUUCAAACAAUAUCAAAGCGAAAGUUGAAAUUUUACACUCAAACACACUUCAAAGCCCGGAUGGUAUCGCUGUCGAUUGGAUUGGUCGAAAUCUUUAUUGGUGCGAUAAAGGUAAAUCUACGAUCGAAGUUUCCAAAUUGGAUGGCAAAUUUCGUCGAAUUCUCAUUCGACAGCAACUUGAAGAACCACGUGCUAUUGUGUUAAAUCCAUUGGAAGGAUUAAUGUUCUGGACCGAGUGGGGUGAAAAACCAAAUAUUGCCCGUGCAUCAAUGGAUGGUAGCCAACAAAAGAUAAUUCUCGAAGAAAGCCUUGGUUGGCCUAAUGCUUUGACCAUUGAUUUCAUACGUCGAAAACUUUAUUUUGCCGAUACACGUGAAGAUUAUAUAGCCAUGAUUGAUUUUGACGGACAAAAUAGUUUGGUGAUUGUCAAUCAAAAAACACGUUAUACGGGACAUAUUUCCGGUAUGUCUUAUUUUGAAUCACGACUCUAUUGGACCGAUUGGCAUUCAAGUUCAGUAAUCUCAUGUCCAGCUUUGAAUUGUUCAUAUGAACAUUUUAUUCAACAAAUGACUUUUCAUCGACCAAUGGAUAUUGUUGUUUGGCAUUCUGAUCGUCAACCAUCGUUACCACAAAAUAUGAAAAAUCCAUGCAUUUCAUUCAAUGAAAACAACCAAACCGAUAAAUGUUUAGCAUUGUGUUUGCUCAAGUCACAUAAAGGCAAAUUAUCUGGUGCUUGUACAUGUCCAGAUAAUUAUAUUCUCAAUGAAGAUCAAUAUUCUUGUCGCAGCAAUUGUUCAUAUUCUGAGUUUGUUUGUAACAAUACCUACAAAUGUAUUCCAUUUUGGUGGAAAUGUGAUACACAAGAUGAUUGUUUGGAUGGUUCGGAUGAACCAGAUAAUUGUCCACCUUUCCAUUGUAAUCCUGGCCAAUUUCAAUGUCGAAAUCAUCCAGAAUGUAUUCUACCACAGCAGAUUUGUGAUGGAGUUUCCAACUGUGCUGAUGGUUCUGAUGAAAUAAAUUGUGAACAACAUGUUUGUAUGCCAAAUCAAUUCAAAUGUCCCACUUUUAACAACAUAACUUCAUAUUGCAUUUCAUCUACGAAUCGUUGUGACGGCAUUAAUGACUGUUCUAAUGGUGAAGAUGAAAUUAAUUGUGGCUGUCCAAAAACGGUAUUUAGAUGUUCCAACAAGAAAUGUAUCUCAAAAGAAUGGGAAUGUGAUGGUGAAGAUGACUGUGGUGAUGGAUCAGAUGAAUACGAAGCUUGUACUCAACGCUCUUGUGGCCCUCUACAUUUCCGUUGUGAUUCUGGCCGUUGUAUACCUUAUAAUUGGAAAUGUGAUGGUGAACCUGAUUGCAUAACACAUCAAGAUGAAUUAUAUUGUGAAAAUAUUGAAGAUAAAAAUACAACAUUGGUUUGUGAUGAUGAAUAUCAUUUUCAUUGUGACAACAAUCAUUGCAUUCAAAUGUUUUAUCGAUGCGACUGGGAUGAUGAUUGCGGUGAUGGAUCCGAUGAACGUAAUUGUACACUGCCGACAUGUCAGCAUGAUGAAUUUCAAUGUGAUAAAGGCUAUAAAUGCAUCAAAAAUGAAUUACGUUGUAACGGUGAACCUAACUGUGCAGAUUAUUCCGAUGAAAUUGAUUGCCAUUUUGAAUGUGAUGAAAAAAAUCAUUUUCGUUGUCCUAACAGUACCAUUUGUAUAUUACCCGAAUGGAAAUGCGAUGGCGAUCAUGAUUGUUUGGAUGGUUCGGAUGAAGUAAAUUGUAGCAAUAAAUGUUUAGCCAAAGAUUUCACAUGCAUCAAUCAACAAUGCAUAUAUGGUCCAUGGCGUUGCGAUGGCGAAAAAGAUUGUCUUGAUGGAAGUGAUGAAGAUCUUGCUCUAUGUUCUCGGUUGGCAUGUCCGGUGAAUCGUUUCCGCUGUACAAAUGGAAUCUGCAUAUCGAAACUUCGACUUUGUGAUGGCAGCGAUAAUUGUGGUGAUGGCUCCGAUGAAAUUCCCGAAAUAUGUGAAGAAAUCAAACAUGAAUGUUUAUUAGGCACAGCCAUUAAUUCCGAUCACCGAAAUCGAUUCUUAUGCUUAAGUAAUAAGCGUUGUAUUGAUAUCUCCCUUCAUUGUAAUGGUAUCGAUGAUUGUGGUGAUGGUUCAGAUGAGCAGAACUGCGAAGGUUUGAAUGUUGUAGAUCAAACUGUUCAUGUCCACCAACAAAAUUGUCCAUUUGGAUUGUGUUCACAGACUUGUGUGUCUAAGAUUAAACACUUUCAUCAAUCAUCAAAUCGAACUUUCUCAUCUAAUCAUACUGAAAUACAAUUUCAUCAUCAUUUUAUGUGCACAUGUUCUGAAGGCUAUGUUCGAAUAUCCAUGCUAAAUGUUGCUAAUAAUGAUAAUUCAUCCAAAUCAGCAUCAUCAUCAUCAUCAUCGGUCAACCAAUUAAGCACAUGUCAAGCUAAUGGCCGUCAAGCUGCUUUACUGGUUUCAUCCGAUUCCGGAUUUCGUAUCGUAAAUCCUUACAAGAAUAUAGUUCAAGAAUUGUACAAUUUAUUCGCAUUUUCAUCACCAAUGGAUCUUAAUCUAACUUUAUCUCUUAAUCGAACGUUUAUCAGUCGCAUUGAAUCGUUUGAUGUUUUCUAUGAUUCGAAUAUAUCUAGUAUUUUUUGGACUAAUCCACACAAGAAAAGUUUAUAUCGAAUCGAUAUAUCUUUUGUGGAUCAAAUGUUCAAUUUCAAUCCUGAAUAUCAUUUUUCAAAAAGUUCAUCGACCUCAUCAUUAAAAUCAAAUAUAAGCGAUCCAAUUGCCAUAGUCAACAAAAUAGAUAACAAUCCUCGAGGAAUAGCAGUUGAUUGGAUUGGACGUUAUGUUUAUUGGAUUGAUUCAUCUCUUCCGGCUAUAAUUCUGACAACUUUUGAUGGUGAUAAGCGAAAAACUUUGAUCUCUUCUCAACCGCUUGAACAACCUUAUGAUUUAAUUGUCGAUCCAAAAAAUUGUCUCAUUUUUUGGUCAGAUUGGAGUCAUACAAGUACAAUCAAGAUUGGCCGUGCGCAACUGGAUGGAUCGUCAUUUCGUCCAUUAGUUAGUAAUGAUAUUGAAUGGCCACUUGGCUUGGCUUUAGAUUUUGAAGCUGGCCGCCUAUAUUAUACCGAUCCUAAAACAUCAAUUAUCGAAACUAUUCGUGUUGAUGGAAGUGAUCGAAGACAGAUUUAUUCUUUACAUCGUUUCCAGCACAAACCAUAUCGUAUCGAUGUUUGGGAAGAUUAUCUCUAUGUUAGCACAUUACCAAAUCAUCAGAUAUUGAAAUUAAACAAAUUUGGUAGUCAAAAAUUCACAUCAUUGGUUCAAAAUAUACCAAAACUCAAUGACCUGGUCAUUGUUCAUGAAUGGAAACAGAAAAAAAAUUUCACUAGUCCGUGUCAAAUAAAUCCUUGUCGUUCACAGGGAAAUUUUCUCUGCAUUGCUCAAACACCACAAAAUGCGGUUUGUGUUUGUCCCGAUGGUUUCCGCAAAAUAUUAUCAAUUAAGAAUGAAGCCGAAUGCAUUCAAGUACCGACGAUGCCACCAUCAAAUGAUCGAAAUUCGGAAGAAAAUAAAGAUUUAACCAAAACACAAUGUCCAUGUUUGAAUGGUGGCCGUUGUCGUUAUCAUCCAAACGAUGAUAGCCUCUAUUGUGAAUGUACACCUAUGUAUGAAGGAACACAAUGUGAACGUUUUCGUUGUGCUGGUUAUUGUCAAAAUCAUGGCAUGUGUUAUAUUGAUAUGUCUAAUAUGAGUUCAAUCUAUCGGGAAAGAAGUCUACAAUCAACAACAUUAACAAACACAGGUCAUAUUCGUUGUAUGUGUCCAUUCGGAUGGAAAGGCGAUCGUUGUGAAAUUGAAGUGAAAAGUUGUAAUGAUCACAAAGAUUAUUGUUUCAAUCAUGGUGAAUGUCUGGACAAUUAUGCUGAUAGUUCCAUUCGUUGUAAUUGCCCGUCUGGUUUUUUUGGUGAACAAUGUGAAAUAUGUGGCGAUUUAUUCUGUAAAAAUGAUGGUCAUUGUUUGAUGAAUAAUUCGAUAAAUAUAGCCAAAUGUCAUUGUCCUCCUGGGUUUUCUGGAAAACAUUGUGAAUUACACCUUUGUUCUAUACAAUAUUGCAACAACCAUGGACUCUGCUAUAUUGAUCGUAAAUCUCAGGCAGAUAAUAUUCGAAAUUUUGACGGUGCAAAUAUUCGAUUCCGUUGCCAAUGUGAUUCUGGCUUUUCCGGUGCACAUUGUGAAAUUCACUCAGCUAACGAUAAUACGGUUGAAUCAUCAACAUCUGCAACAGCAGCUAUUUCAGAAACAUGUAAUGAUCUCGAAUGUUUGAACGGUGGUACUUGCCAUCAAAGUUCUCCACUCCAUCAUCCAACAUGUAUAUGUGCUUAUGGAUUCACUGGAUUUCGAUGUGAAAGAACAACAGAGAAUCGGAUUACUGGUCUCAGUGAAAAUAAUCCAGAAUCAGAAUCUACAAUAAUAAUGAAUAUUAAAUCGAAUACCAAAACUGAAUCAUAUACCAAAUCAACUGGUCACUCAACUUUAAAUAUUGUUAUUUAUACCGUAUUCUUUUUAUUGGGCAUUGUUCUUUUUGGUUUCUGUUUGGUUCGAUUACAGUAUUCUCUGAGGAGAAAGAUGCAAAGUGAACUGGCAUUUCAACAUCGACGUAUUCUCGAAAACAAUCUUCCCAUUGAUGUACCAAAUGUUGAAAUAAUGAAUCCGAUAUUUAAUAUGAACAAUUUGACACCGACUGAAUUAUCAACAACUACGGAUACACCAACAACUUCAGUGGUUGAAGUAUUGAUCACCGGUAACAAUCCAACUACAUCAUCAGAAAAACAUCAGAUCCUUGAUGAUGAUUGUAAUAAAGAUGAAUUAAUUGUAGACUACAUGAAUACAAAUUUUUCAAAUCCAAUAUAUGAAUAUAAGAAGAUGAUCAUCGAUAGUAACAAAACCGAUAGCCUAGAGGAAACGGAAAAUUUAUUGGACAAUUCUUGAAAGCAUAAAUUAUUUAAGAAAUCAUUUCUUAUUUUUUUCUGUACAUACAUUUAAUUUGUGAUAUUUUUUUUUUCAUUUUUCCGAUAAAAAUACUCAUUCGAAAAAAAUAAAGAGACCAUCAAUUUGCAUCUAUCGUCAUCAAA